GACGCAUCUGGCCUCGCCGGAGAAGCCUCGCUCUUUAAACGGGAAGCCGGAGCGCCGAGGGAAUUGCGCUGGGAUAUGGGAAGGGCCUGUUUUCUCGUGUCUCUCUCUCGCGCUCUCUCUCUCUUUUUCUCUCUUUCUUUCUCCCUUCAUUCGCUUUUCUUCCAUUCGUGAGGUCAGUCGGGCUGCCGUGGGUGGGACACGUUUUCCAAAGUAGCUUCCAAAGAAAUAAGGGCAGCCAAUUGCCAAGCGGUUCUUCUAGCCUAAACAUUUCAGGAAAUGCUUAACCGUUAGAGGGCUGGGAGGCCCUGACCAGCACCAUCAGAAGCCCUUUUUGCCAUGGCAGAGACAGGAGGAUUUGUUUGGCAGAGCCUAGCACCUCUGCCUAGUGGACGAGUUUAUCACUCCCUCGUGGAGGCCCGGGGGCAACUAUAUGUGGUUGGGGGGUGUGACGAAAGUGGCAAUCCAGUCAAUUCCUUGGAAGUGUACACACCUGAGGCAGAACAAUGGAUCAGCCUACCACCCUUGCCCACGGCUCGUGCUGGCGCAGCCACAGCUGUGCUAGGCAAGCUGCUACUAGUAGUUGGUGGAGUCGGGGAGGACCAGCGUCCUCUAAAGGUUGUUGACGUAUACAACACAGAAGAAGGAAAGUGGAGAAAAAGGAGUUCGCUGAGAGAAGCAGCAAUGGGCAUUUCCAUGACAGUGAAAGAUGGCCGGGCUUUUGCAGUUGGCGGCAUGGGUAGAGAUCUGUACCCUCAGAGUCUCUUCCAGCAGUAUGAUCUACGGAAAGAUGUGUGGGUCAUGCUGCCCCCAAUGCCCACUCCACGGUAUGCUGCCACAAGCUUUGUAAAUGGAUCCAAAAUCUAUGUCAUUGGAGGCCGCCAGUGCAAGCGCUCGGUCAAUGCAUUUGAGACUUUUGACACUGAGACUCGCUCUUGGACUGCUCUUCCCAGCAUGCCCUGCAGACGGGCUUAUGCAGGCCUGGUGAGGGAUACUCAGGAGAAUCUGUAUUGCCUGGGAGGACUCCGUCAAGGAGGUGUACACCAGCGACCAAAAUUUACCAAGAAUGUGAACAUCUUCAAUAUCCAGCAAGGACUAUGGUUGAAGGGGGAGCGUUCUGUGUCAAUGAAAACCAAGAGAGCGGAUUUUGCAGCAGGUUUCCUAAAUGGAAGAAUCAUUGUGGCCGGGGGUCUUGGUAAUCAGCCAACUGUUCUGGAUUCAGUGGAGGCUUUUGACCCGGAUAAAAGGAAAUGGGAGCGCCUGCCACCCCUGCCCACUCCCCGCUGCUCAAUAUCCAGCAUCAUUUUCCAGGAUCGCCUGCUUCUGGUCGGUGGGGUCAGUCAGUGUCCCACUCCAGCCGUCGAGGCCCUGACAGUACAAGAGCAACACUCCUGAUCAAACAGCAAUAAAUACUGAGUGCAAGGUUACAAGCCAAUAAGAAGAAGAGGGGUUAUGCUGAAAAGUGUGAAUGCCAUGGAAUAUCCAAGGUGUUAUGGGAGGCUGUUGGCCUGACCCAAACAUUUUUGAAGCAAAUGCAACGCCUCAUUGGGAUACAGGAGUUUUCCCCUCCUCAGUUCCUUAGGUUUAGCUAUUUACAGAUACACAUUCAGUGUCUGACUUGCUUUCCUCUAAGGAUCCAGUGUUGGACAGAAGUCCCAUCUGUAUCCUUAUUAAGCAGUUCUGUUUGUGAGGCUCGUUGAUCCCUGAAAAGGAAGAUAAAAAAAUUAUCUCUUAUAUUAAGAUGAAAUUAAAUGUUACAGCUGAAACCAUAUUUUACCAUUUUUUGGCUACAAGGUUUUACAGUAAUAUGACAAAUAUGCCAGAAUAUUAAGACUGAUGUCAAAUAGUUGACCAGUUUACUAGCAAUAUGCAGACUGUGUACUUUUUCCAGACUGUGGGACUUGUAGAUUUACAUUUAUAUAUUAAUUAUAGACUUUAUAUAGAGCAAGUACAGAUUAUAUAAUAGAACACUAUUGACGUAUUAUACUAAUACCUAUAUAUUUAGACUUAGAACCAAUAAUGGCCUUCUCUAUCUUUGUCUCUCUGUCUCACUAUUUUUUUUUGCUUCCUGGUUAUAUUGAAUAAGAUGUGCAGUCAAGAUGUCAUUUAAACCUUUGUUUCCAUUCUGGAUAUUAAAUCCAGGGUAGAUUCCUGCCUUGCCCCAUUAGAAGCCUGAAUAGUCUCUGUUUCUCUGUGACCCCAGCCUAAUAAGAGUGGGUUAGUCUGAUAAAUUAUAGGUAGAGUUACAGGCAGUCAUGUAAAACAUUAAAACAUAUUAGCAUCUAGUCAAAUAACUACCAAAGCAUUCAUGUCAAUUCAAGUUAGACUUUGAGUGUAUUGAAACAGUAGCAAUGUUAAGAUUUUCAACACUUGAAAAAAAAAAUCUUUUCAAUAAAUGAAACCUACUGCUUCCAAUUUAAACUGCUUAUAGAUCAUUUCAAAAGUUUAACAAACUUGUGCAUUUCAGAUUAAACAAACUUUGAUGUCUUGCCUUGAACACAUAGCUUACUACAGAAGCUUAUUCCAGCCCCUCAAAAAAGAAAAAUAGAACUGUGUUAUUUUGUAAAGACAUUUUCUGUUUGUCG